GUGACGCACUUUAAUAGGAUCGCGUGCUUUGGAGCCGUGUCGUUACUGUCUGUUAUUGUUCCCUUGUCGCAAUAAUCAUCAUAAUCUUCCACUCAACCUUCGAUUCUAUCUGAUAAAUCACGCGCAACUAAGCCUCCAAUCAAGCGCAUAAUAACCAAGCUCAUUUAUACUCUCCAACACCUGCGAUCAUGCCUCCAGGGCCGAGUCAGAAAGGGACUGGCAAGAAGAACUCGGCCAUACCAAAGCAGAGCCGCAACACCACGCCUGCUCCAGUCGCGACAGCUAGUCUACCACCACAGGAGUUUUACGAUCCAGACUAUCUUAACACGAGAGUCAUCCUUUUUCGCAAUCUUACCUAUGAUGAUAUCGUCGAUCAAUCCGCCUCAAAUGCAACCAUUCCAGAUUCAAAGAGCCUUGAUGGCAUGAUUGAACGACUCAAAAGCUUAUCCAAUAUUAUGGAAAAGCGCUCGACAUUUUACGAUCGCGGGAUGAGACACUUGGCAGAUGAGCGCAAGAAGCGACCAUCCGAAGAUUAUAGCAAUCGCGCCGACGGUGAACAAGAAGGAAAACGACCCAAACAUAAAAGAAAGAAGCCCGAUUCACUUGCGCCGCAGGAAGGCAAUGUCGAACGUUCGUCACCGAUGCGAGACUCGAAAAACCGUAAACACGACCGCGAUCCGAGUUCGCCCUUGUCACCUACACAUGCUGGCUCACCAUCGGCCAUGGAUGUCGACAAGAAGGCCAAGACCGAAGAGAAAGAGGGAGAGGAAGAAGAGUCAAGCUCUGAAGACGAGGGUGCGCCUCCUCGUCGCGAACAACCCCAAGCUAUGACAUUCGGCGAAGAUCCUUCCACCUUCCCUGACCCCACCAUUUACGAGAUUCGAGCGACCUAUCCUGGAAUGCCCGAUGAAGAACGCAAAGAGAUCUACUCAGUUGCAACAUACCCGCCAUCAGAUCUUGCCGACCUUAUUGCUGGCGAUCCUCCCGACAAGGAUUUUAGCAAUGCAAAGCCCAACAGUCAGAUUAACUUCUCUACGUUCUCGACGUACGUGGAGCCGUUCUUCAGACCAUUUUCCGAAGAGGAUCUGGCCUUUCUACGAGAACGAGGGGAUCGUGUGACACCCUUCGUCAUGCCUAAGCGUGGCAAGAGACACUAUACAGAGAUAUGGGCUGAGGAGGACGGCGCAAUGUCGAUCGACACACCACAACAAGGGCGAGAUAAACUCCCUCCGAACCAGCCACGAGGAAGCAUAGACAACAUGGACGAUGAUGUCGGAGAGACAGACAAGCUUUCAGUAGGCCCUUGGUUGACUCGUUUAAUGCAAACGCUUCGACCUGAAGCCCGCGCGCAAUCAGCAGACGACAAGCCUACGACAAACGGAACCACCAAUGGAGAUAUUAGCAUGAAUGGUGACGCAGACGUCGAAGAUAAGCCCGCAUCCUCGGAUGACAAACCGAACCAGCAGCCGGCAGCUUUUAUGCCUGAGUCAUCAACGGAGGCCUGGAAGAAAGCUUCUCAUCCAAAAUUGGAAUAUUCACAGGUUGAUGAACGCAUCAAGCAGGAACUCCGACACAUUGGAUUUCUUCCUCUUGAUGGAUUCGAAGCAGAGUACGAUGGCCAUUUUGACGACGAGGUCGCAGCAAGAUUGAGACUUUUGCAAAACCGCCUCAAGGAGCAGAUGCUGAUCAACGGUGCGCGCAAGGCUCGUCUCACGGACCUUGUACGAGAACGUAUGGCGUACCAGGAAUAUCAGACCAUCCUCGAGGAUCUUGACGGCCAAGUGCAAGCUGCAUACCUGAAGCGCACACGCACGAUGGGCAAGAGCAAGAAGACAAAGCGUCCCGGAGGUGCAGGUGGUGGCAGUCACUUUGUGGGCGGCGCUGCGGGUACCGCUCGUCCAGGCAUAGGCGAUCUUACGAAGACGCUCAUGGAGCGACGAAAGCGAUGGAUCGAUACAAUAGGAUCAGUAUUUGAUGAUGAAAGUCUACGCAAGGUUCCGAGAAUUACAGAUCCGGAGAGUUCAAUAUUCAAGCCGGUAGAUAUGAGCGAACUGAUGAACAAAGAAAAAGAACAAUGGGAUGAGGAAGUGGAGGAGGAUUAGAAAUCCUAUUUGGCCGAGUCCCCCUAGGUCUGGUCCUUAGGUAUGAUUCUUAUACUGUUAUGGUAGACUUGAUUCGUGCAAAGGCGUUGGAUGGUACAUGAUGGAGUUCAGGCGAUGAGUUAAUGCUACCUAGAAUCGGGAUACCACUAGUCGUUAUUUACUCUCUGAAUAUGAUGAUGAAGAGAUAACGGAGCGACUGAAGAGAUUAGAUUUACAUUGAGGGCGUAACUGGCCUUCAACUCGAUUGCUUCCGAAACUACAAGCCAAUUAUAGUUUUCUGUUGAAGCGUUAUCG